AUGGAACGAGUUAGAGGUACCAGGAAGGGUAGUACUUUUGUAUCUUUCAACGACUUACAUAUUUCAGAUACUACAUCAGAAUUGAAAACGAAAUACCAAAAUGCCAAAACACCAAACGAUCUUUACAAUUUAAUAGACCAGAUUGAUUCAGCUAUGUCAAAUAUAGAUAACAAUCUUAAUAAUUUUACAACAUUGAAUAGUAAGAAGGUUCAACAAGAUAUAACAAAUAUAGAGAUGAUGAGAACUAGUAAAUUAUCAUCAACCAUCACAAACUCAAACAAAUUAAAUGGGAUAUUUUCAGGAGCCAACGAUUUGGGACACAAAUUGACUUAUAAGAUUAAAUCAUUAGAUCAAGAAAUUGGGAAUGUAAAUAAGACUUUGGAAUUUGUUAAUGACAUACAAUUACUCAAGAAUAAUAUCAAUCAAGCAAAUUAUGCUAUAGAACACAAGAACUGGGAAUUGGCGGCACAAUGUAUACAUACCAUAAACUCAAAAAUCCCUGCUGAAUUAAUCUCGGGAAAAUUUGCAUCAGUUGUUAUCCCAUCUACAGAUAUACCCGAAUUACCAACUACAGCAAUAGCAAAUUGGACUGAUGAGUUAACAGAGGUUUUCAAAGAGCAAUUCAAUGAUGCAGCUAAGGAAAGGAAUGUUCCUCAAUUAACCAAGUUCUUCCAGUUAUUCCCAUUAAUCAACCAAGAAGAAAUUGGUUUGAAUUGUUACUCCAAGUUUAUUUGUGAAAUUAUUAAUGAAACUUCUAAGAAUCUCACUAAAGGUUUAGAAAAUGCUCAUGACUUAAAACCUGGUAUAUUUGCGACCAUCAUCAUGCAAUUGUUUGAGAAUAUUUCCAUGAUGUUGUCCCAACAUGGCCCAUUAAUUAAAAGAUAUUAUAGUGAAACAUAUCCUCUGGCAUUAUCGUAUGUGAUUAGUAAAAUUCAAAGAGAAGUUGAUUUGCAGGUAGGCAUUAUAGCCGAUACAUUUUAUGAUUUGAGAAGGUUGGACAAAUAUUUCCAAGACAUAAAAUUGUAUUCGUUCCCAAUAUUAACUAAGAGGUUAGCAGAGUUGAAAGAACAAAUGAAUCAGGAUCAGGAAGGUUAUCGCCUGAGUUUUGAGUCCUCUGAUGACUUGUUACCAAUCAGAAAUAUCGGGGAUUUGAUCCAAGAGCUUUCUUCAAUUUUGGAAAACUGGUCGUUGUACUGCAAAUUUAUCACCGUUAAAUAUUUAGAAAACCCAUCUACAGAUCCAUCAAAAGAGGUUACGUUGAAUUUACCUGACUUGAUUCGUAAAUCAACAUUUACAAAGAAAAUCAACGAAAAGCUUUUACCUUCAUUUGAGAAGUUGAAUAAUUUCUAUUUCCGUCGUUCUUUAGAGAAGGCGAUCACUAUUGAAGAAUUGGCUUCCUUGGAACAAUACUUGCUGAUGAGCAAUGAGAAAUCAAUUAGUCCAGACCCAGUUCCUGUCUCGUCCGUUGUUGAAGACUUGACAUUAGUCUUGAAUACAACAUUGCGUAACAUCAUUCAAUCAGGACUUCCUACGUCAGUAAAAAGUUUUAUCAAUGAAUGUUACAGUGUCGUGCAACAAGAUUUGAUUAAUGGGUUUUUUAUCAAGAACUUGAACGAUAAUCAACCUCGAUACAACCAAAUUUUAUCAUUAGUGAAUCCUAAUACAGCUGCUAAUCGUACUGCAAGUCCAAUCAGUAGAAGUACUACCCCUGAUCCACAAAGUGCCGCUGGAUUUUUGAAAGGAGCAUCAAGUGCAUUGGGUAGUGUUGUUGGAGGAUCAGUAAGUAGCUUACAGACCACACCAAAUAGUCCAAAAUUGUUGAACUUUAUAAUGUAUUUGAAUACAUUGUCGAUGGCUCAGGAAUAUUUCACCAAAGUAUUUGACAAUUUGAACAAAACUAGUUACUUACUGGCAUAUUUUCCAUUUGGUAAGGAUCAGGAGAAGAUUUCCAAUAUUUUGCAACAGGAUUUCAUAAUUCCAUUCACAAGUAUGAGCAAUAAAAUAAUAUCUGAAAGUUUGAUUAAUUUGUAUAACCAACUGAUUAAACAUAGAUUAUUACUACUUGUCAACGAAUUCUUUAGUGAUGCACAAACAAGUAACAAUGAAUCUAACUAUGUUAUUUAUUCAUCCAAUAACAUUAAUGAUCCAACGACUUUGAUUAAAUUCACUUCAAACUGGCAAUCAUUAACAAAACCAUACUUUCAAACUUUACAUAAACCGAUUUGGAAUAAAAUCCUUAGACUUGUGGUAGUCAACCUUACAAAUUUAUUAGAAAAGAAAUUAUUGUUUAACCUUAACAAGUUCAAGAUCAAUGAAUUGGGCUCAAUUAAAUUAGAAAAAGAUGUUUCAUAUUUGAUUAAUGAAAUUUGUCAAGACAAUUAUUACUUGCGUGAAAAAUUUGUGAGACUUACACAAAUUGUUUUAUUAGUUGGUAUGGACGAUGAAGAAUAUGAAGAUAGUAACCAACCAGUUACAAAAGCUCACAAGCGUUCUGAAAUUAAAGAGAAUGGUGAUGAGUUUGAUGAUGAUGAAGAAGAAGACGAAGAGGACGAAGAAGCUGGUAUCAAUUGGGUAUUGACACCACAAGAAAGAAACCAAAUUCGUAAAUAUCGUAUUUAG